AUGCUAUUUCUACACUUCCAGUUCCAGAACAGAACAAAACAGAGAGAAAGAGAGAAGCAUUGAACCGUGAAAAUGGCGAAACACGAGGAGCUUCCGAUCCCGAUUUACGAGAACCUCGAAGGUGUUUACGGCGAUGGUUCAUCGCUCGAAGAAGCUCAGCUUCGUUUCGACAAUUUGAAGUCCAAAUUCAUCCAAUUCUUCGCUCACCCUCCUCAACUCUUCGCUCGUUCACCAGGGAGAGUGAACUUGAUCGGAGAGCAUAUAGACUAUGAGGGUUAUUCGGUUUUGCCUAUGGCUAUUCGCCAAGAUACAAUCAUCGCGAUUCGGAAGAAUGAAGCCGAGCCUGUUCUUAGGAUCGCUAAUGUUAAUGAUGAGAAAUAUGACAUUUGUACUUAUCCUGCUGAUCCUAACCAGGAACUUGACUUGAAGAAUCACAAAUGGGGCCAUUACUUUAUUUGUGGGUACAAAGGUUUUCAUGACUAUGCAAAACUGCAAGGAGUGGAUGUUGGUCCACCUGUUGGGCUUGAUGUUGUUGUUGAUGGGACCGUGCCUACAGGUUCCGGACUAUCAAGCUCUGCGGCGUUUGUUUGUUCUUCUACAAUUGCUAUUAUGGCUGCUUUUGAUGUGAACUUCCCAAAGAAAGAAAUUGCACAAGUCACAUGUGACUGUGAACGACAUAUUGGGACACAAUCUGGUGGGAUGGAUCAGGCAAUCUCUGUCAUGGCCAAGACUGGGUUUGCAGAAUUGAUUGAUUUCAACCCAAUUCGUGCAACGGAUGUGCAACUGCCUGCUGGUGGGACUUUUGUGAUAGCUCAUUCUUUGGCGGAGUCUCAGAAGGCUGUUACCGCUGCCACUAAUUAUAAUAAUAGGGUUGUUGAAUGCCAUUUGGCUUCUAUUGUGCUUGCUAUAAAGCUAGGAAUGGAACCAGAAGAAGCAAUAUCAAAAGUGAAAACACUAUCCGACGUUGAAGGGUUGUGUGUAGCAUUUGCUGGUACUCAGAACUCAUCGGAUCCUGUACUUGCCGUGAAGGAAUAUCUGAAAGAAGAACCAUAUACAGCUGAAGAAAUUGAAGAAGUUACUGGCCAAAAGUUAACUUCAUUUUUGAACAUUAAUGCAUCUUAUUUGGCAGUCAUACAAGCUGCAAAGCAAUACAAAUUACAUCAGAGAGCUGCGCACGUGUAUUCAGAAGCCAGGAGAGUACAUGCUUUCAAGGAUGUUGUAUCAUCAAAUCUAAGUGACGAGGAGAAGCUAAUGAAACUCGGUGACCUUAUGAACGAGAGUCAUUAUAGCUGCAGUGUUUUAUAUGAAUGCAGCUGUCCGGAGUUGGAAGAACUUGUAAAUAUUUGCCGUGACAACGGUGCUCUCGGAGCAAGGCUUACCGGCGCCGGGUGGGGCGGUUGUGCUGUUGCUUUGGUGAAAGAGAGCAUAGUCCCACAAUUUAUCCUUAAUUUGAAGGAAGGUUUCUACCAAUCUAGGAUGGACAAGGGCGUUAUUAAGAAGAACGAUCUUGGCCUUUAUGUAUUUGCUUCCAAGCCAUCAAGUGGUGCUGCUAUCAUCAAGUUUUAGUAUAUUUCCUUCAUCCGCUGCUUCCCUUUUGAUGGUUGAGAAAUUUUUAUUUAAACUUUGUGGUAAAAAGAUCUUUAGUAAUAAAUGCAAUUUCUGAUGGAUUAAGAUUGCUGGUUAAUCCUCAAUACAACCAAAACUAAAUAAUGAUUUUUCUGAAUAGCAAUAAUAAUGUGGUGGCCCUAUUCGCCCUCCCAAUCAAUCAAAGACCUUGUUUAUGUUGGGGCCUGGCAAAUCUUGUAAUA